AAUGUUCGAGACAAUAAUGAAAGAAUACAAUCAAAAUAAAAAAGGAUUAGAUAAAUAGGAUGGUAUGGUUUGAAUUAUAUCAGAAAUUUUAAGAAGACAAAUUGGAAUGUUGGCUGAACCAAUGACAAAAAAAGUCUUACAUGGAUUAAAUGCAAAUAUUGCUAUUCUGCAUUAAAAUGAGUAAAUUAUUGAGAAAGAGACAAAAUAAUUACUUAAAGAAACUGCAUAAUUGUAAAAGGAAUCUUAAUAAUGGUAAAUUCUUUACAAUAAUCUAAAUGAAACAUUAAAAGUAAUUAUAUUAAUUGUGAUUAGUCUAGAAAGUAGGAGACAUUGUAAAUUUUGCACAAAUUAUAGAAAAUGAGUUAUAAGAAUUAUGUGAAAGUUGA